UUAGAUUAGGGUUUCCUUCGGCGUUUUCUUCCUCUGCGUCUCUGAACUUUGAAGCACUCUAGCCUCCGUCACAGUCGAAGAGCCUUAUCCUCCAGUCGCCAUGGGGAAAACUCGGGGAAUGGGAGCUGGUCGCAAGCUCAAGUCCCAUCGCAGGAGGCAAAGGUGGGCCGAUAAAGCAUAUAAGAAAUCCCACCUUGGCAAUGAGUGGAAGAAGCCAUUUGCUGGGUCUUCCCAUGCCAAAGGCAUUGUUCUUGAAAAGAUUGGAAUUGAAGCUAAGCAGCCAAACUCUGCCAUCAGAAAGUGUGCUCGAGUUCAGUUGAUAAAGAAUGGGAAAAAGAUUGCUGCCUUUGUGCCCAAUGACGGUUGUUUAAACUACAUAGAGGAGAAUGACGAAGUAUUGAUUGCUGGAUUUGGACGUAAGGGGCAUGCCGUGGGAGAUAUUCCUGGAGUUCGAUUCAAGGUUGUUAAGGUAUCUGGAGUAUCUCUCUUAGCUCUUUUCAAGGAGAAGAAGGAGAAGCCAAGGUCCUAAGCCAAGGAAAAACUUCUCUUUACUUGCUGAGUUGUAGGAUUAAUGCGAAAUUUCAUUCCUUUGCUCAUUUUCAGAAAAGCUUGAUGGAGAUGGUAGUUUGGAUUUUCUGAACAAUAUUUUUUCUGUCGUAGUUCUAUCCGAUACAAUCCCUCUCGGUCGUCUUCUUCCUUUUAAUGCCUUGAAUCUGUUAUUUCUAGUUUUCAAUUGAUGGAUAAGAUCGGCUUCAUUUUAUUUUC